AUGAAAGAAUUUCAUUUUGACGCGCCUAGAUUUGCGGACUUAUUGAAUGAUGAAUUUCCUUAUACGUAAUAAAUAGCUAGACAAGAUCAAGUUCAACAGUGAUUUGAAGAAAAGUCAAAAACCACAUUUUCCAAGCCAAACCCCAGUUAUUUAAAGCCUACUAUUUCCUCUCGUAACAAAAUUCAAUCCAAAAAACAAAUUUUAGGAGAAGCCCAGAAAAACAAAGAAAACUUCCCAAUAAGCAAAUUCCCGGUUAAAAGAAAAUUAAUUCCAGCUGAAUUAACUCAGAAAAAAGCAAAGCUUCAAACAGGGUCUAAAAUCACAACUGGUAAAUUUUAA